CAACCAAAGCGCAACUUUUUCCCCAGGCAAAGUGAAAUCAAGCCGCGCACUCGGACAAAAUAUAGUUCCACAUUUUCAACUCAAAGUCUUAAAAAUAAAGCCGUACGCGUCGGAUAGGUCGGAUAGGCUUUUGCCGUGUGGAUGUCGGAGUGGAUCUGUGUGACUGCUGAAAUCUUUAGCUCGCCUUUUGAGCACUUUUGUUUAUACUGGCGUAAAGUGGGUGAUGAGUCUUACGGCCAGUAAAGAAGCGAGAACUUGCUGUGCAGCCCGAGUAGUUCUUGCGAUUGUUAUUGUUGCUUUAAAAAAUAUUUGUAUCACGCCACAAAUAACGCGGAUCGCGUCGAAAGUGGGGGAAAAGUGCUUCUGAAGUCGGAAUAUGGAGCUACAAGGCCUUCAAGAAGCAUUGAAAGUAGAAGUCCAAUGUCAUCAGAAGCUCGCCGUCAGAAGUUGUCCUGUGGGGACAACCGCCAAACCCCUCGCCCUCAUCAAGCCGCCCAGCCAGAGCAUCGCCAUCUCUGUGGUGCCAGCAAAGACUCCCGUUUCCAUGGUGACGGCACACAUUAAUGGACAAAAGGCGUUGAGUUCUGAGACGCUCCAGACGUCCCCCAUCAACCUCCAAACACCCGCCGGACAGCACAUCAGCCGCUCACAGAUGUUGGGAGCCCUCACAGCGAUCCCGAUAAAGGUGCCUCACAUCAGCUCUCUGCAGCGGCUGGCAGGACACUCACCCAGUGUGCUACCUCAGGUUAGGCCAAAGACUCUCAUUCCAGACAGCCUUCCCCACAGCCCAUGCCGAGAGCAACAGUCCGGUCAAACGCUGGCCGUGCCGCAGAGCAUGGCUGUGGUCAGCCCAAAGAGCCAAGGCGCAUCUUUGCCAACUGCCAACAGCACCUUCAGUCACAAGAGACUGUCCAACGGGCAGGAAGAGAGUUCUUCUUUGCCCUCGCCUGUGCCGAGCACAUCCACAGCCUCUGCAAGUCCAGGGGUAGCUUAUGCCAUCAUUUCAGCAGCCUCGCCUGCAGCCCACGGGGUAUCAGGAGUAACCGAGGCCAUUAAGGUGCAACCGCUGAUUUUCAGCCCUGACAGCAAGGUUAUAAUCAUUCAGCCCCAGAUUCCCAGCAACUCCAAGAGUUCUCCGGCCUCACAAACUAACAGUCCUGUCAAGGAUCCAAGCCCUGACCCCUCAACCCCAGCCAAAAAGGAGGAGGAUCCAGAGAAAAUUGCCUUCAUGGUCGCACUAGGCCUGGUCACUACAGAACACUUAGAAGAAAUCCAGAGUAAACGACAGGAGAGAAAAAGGCGAAGCACAGCUAACCCUGCAUACAGCGGACUGUUUGAGCCAGAGCGCAAACGACUUGCCUCCAAUUACCUGAACAGUGCGAUGUUUUUGUCGGCGAGAGACUCUGAGGAGCUCUGCUGGAAGGAGGAGCUGCAGCAUGAUGAUCACUGUGCAGUGUGUAAACAGGAAGGAGAUCUUCAGCCGUGCCACACCUGUACCCGCGCCUACCACCCCGACUGCCUGCAUCCACCUCUGAAAACUGCCACACGGGGCAUGUGGAUGUGCCCCAAAUGCCAGAAGAAAGUUUUGAACAAAGAGAACUUGUCUUGGCCACAGAACUUCAUCCAGUCGUAUGUUACACAUAAAACAGUGAGAGAGGAGGAACGCAGGAAGCUAAUGAGGAGAAACACUGAGCUGAAACUAGAGUGUGAACAUCUGAGUGAAGAGGACAAGAGACUCUGCGAUUCUCUCUCUAAAUGCAUUGAGCAGAAGGAGCGUCUUUUGGGUCAGCAGCGGGACACUCAGAUGUCCCUUGAGCGUCUCAAAACUCUGAUCCGACUCAUCCAGCGUGACCAGAUGAUCCAAGUAACUAUGACGGCCACCACCACCACUGGAGCAUCGCUUCUCUCGCUGCCAUGGAUCAAAGCCACGGGCACCAGCACCAUGGCGCCCACAGCUGGCUCCUCUGCAGUACUGCACAAAACCACAAUUCAGCCGCAAGGCAACAACUGACCCCAAAUCCUCACAAACACGCAGACAGCUCUCUACAAGACCACCAAACGUCUUUGUAAAGAGACACGGACGGUGAUAUCCAACCAACGUGCAUUUUCUUCUGGUAACAUCUUACCAUUUAAUAAUGGUAAAUUUUGAAAAAAAAAAAAAAAAUGAAAAGAAAUUAUGAGCGUCACUCAAUUCAUAAGUAUUUUUUAAAGCCAACACAGUGCUCACAAGAUUUUUUUUUAUUCACUGUUUUUUAAUGUAUUAUUUUUCUUGGCCUUAAUGUAUUUAUGACUAGAUUACGAUGCUGUUGCAAAUAUAUGAAAUAAGUAUUCUACAUAGUUAGAAGCAUUUCUUUUUAUGCUUUACGUUUUUUUACUGGGGUUUGGUGUGUUUGCGCGUAUCGGGGGGAAUAACCAUUCGCAUUUAGUUAUCAAGAAGGUUAGCGUAGUUAUAGAUGAAGAAAGGAAACCUAUGAAAUGGAGAGCACUGUACAUUGAUAUAUCCGAAUAAACGUUUGUUUGCAUUUUUUUUGUUGAACGAUGUUUGCCAUAAUAAUUCAGGUUAAAGCGAGACAGGGAAAUGUUUUCAUUUUGUUCCUUUUGUGUGUACUUGCGAGCGUACAAACAUAAAAAACAAACAACAACGACAUAAAAUAAUUUUUCAGUAUUAAUAGAGAUAAAAGAACAAAGUAUUUAAGAUAACAACAGAAUUUAGCCUUUUUAGUGAAGAAUUUAGUAUUUUCAUGCUGAUGCCUGUUAAUGAUUUCAAAUAAGUAUUGGAGAGAGGGAUCUUUGUAAAUAUAUGAUUUUUAUUUUAUUUCGGCUGUCCUGACAACACAAACGAAAAGGCCAUUUGAGUUCUUUGAGUGCCUGAUCCCGGAAUCCAAAAACUUACGUUUUGUCUCCCCACUAUUUAAAAUAUGCCAAAAACCCUUGAGUGUUUUUGUACCGUUAACUGUAUAAUGUUUUCAUUUCAUCUUGCUCUCUUGUCUGUUUUUACUUUUCUUUAAAGUGUUUUUUGUUUUCAUUUUUUUAUUUCACGUCACUCCAGAAGUAUCACAAGUUGCAUUAUUAUUUUUAUUCAUAUUUUUUAAUUGUUAGAAGUGAACACUGCCUGAUGAAUAAAAGUAAAGAAUUCAUAUCUUAAACAUUCAUUGGAGAAAAUAGGAAAUAAUUUGAAUGGUACUUCUUUGGAGGGAAAGUUAAGCAUGAUCAUUUGAAUGGUUUGUCUUCCUGUGUGGUUCGAAAAACAAUUGCCGCAUCCCUAAUAGAGUUACUACAAACAUCAACAAAAUGCAGAACAAAGCAAAUAACAAGUUGCACACGGUUAACGACAGCACUAUCAUUCUCAACAAAGGAUAUUUCAUUAAAAAACUAAAAUUGGUUUUAGUUUUGAUUUAGUGUUAAAUAAUGAAUACCAUCAUUAUAUAUGUGUACCUUUAAGGGCUAACAGACUUGUAUUUAACCACAUUUGGAGUAAAAUAUUUUUUUUUUUUCUUUCUUUCUUCUGUUCAAAAGGAAUAUCUACUGAAUUCAUAUGCAGCUCAAUUCAGGUGCUACAUUUGAUAGCGUCUGUAAAUUGUCUUUUGUGUAACAUUUUCUAUGAAGUCUGUAUAUGUAAUGCUGGUAACAGUCAGGUUCUAUAUUUUAACAUAUGCUUUUGCAAUUACUUUAAAAAGUAAGUUCCUAAUGUUAAAGAGACAGUUCACUUUAGGGCUAGCGUCUGCACUAGUAUAUUUGCAUAAGGCGAUCUGAUUGGCUGACGCCUGCGUUGGCGCUUGAAAAUUGAAAAAUUUUCAAGAUUUUUUUUUUUUUGACUAUUACAGAUAAAUAAUUACAUUAUUUAUACGUUUAUAUUGUACGUUAUAAAAAAUGUAUUGUUGUCAAAUUGUUACCACAGUUCUAAUAUUCUAAUACUAACUAAUGGUCAGUACACUACAGUAAAAUGAGAUUAACACUAUUGUAUCAUUUUGUGUUAAAUAUUGGAGUAUGUAAGUUCGUAUUUUAAAUUUUACAAUAUAUGAAGCAUUAUCUAUACAGAUGUCAUAAAAAAUCUUUUUUUUUUUUUUUUUACUUGAACAAAAUGUAAUUCUCAUCUCACAAAUCUCUUAGGUCCUAUAUUAUCAUAUUCAGAAUGUAACUUAAUGCAUAUCAUCUGUUGUUUUGUAACACUUGCCCCUGCUAAGUACAGACUGCAUCGAGAUCAGUAACUAGAAACAAAUUCUUGGUUAGCAUCUUCCAUGUUUUCCAAAGAAAAAAAGUAAACAUACCUAAUUUACAUAAUACUUGUUUUCAGAAAAUAAUUUCUGGAAAUAAAAUAGUUUUUAUUUUAAACUAAAUCAGUCUUGUUCUAUAGAUGUUUACAUGUUUUUUAAUUGGAAAACAGGAUGGUGCUGAUUGAGAAAAUGACAGCAUAUUGCAUGGUAGUGGGAUUUGACGUUAUUAUCAGCCCUUUCCACGAAUACUAUAGAUAUUUGUAUUUGUAUGUUGUUAUUUAUUUAUUUAUUAAUUAUUAUUAUUAGGUUUUUUUUUUUUUUUUUACUAUAUCAGUGCUCUGUUCAUAUCACUUCCAUCUACGUUGCGGCACGUCCCUGAUUUCUGUUCACUCGUUGUCGCCCAUGUUCCAGAUAUCCUCUCCGGGAGAAACUGUGCAGUGCUUAUACAGAUCUAUUUUACUACACUCAACACUACGUUGAACAAAAACAAAUUAUAUUCUUUUAUCAAUGAACAAAUGAGGGAAGACAAAAAAAUGACAAUUUUUUUAUUGUUUGCUAAUUAUGCAUUUUGACUUAGCUUGCAAUAUGUGACGUGUCCUUUUGCAAUGGAGAAGGAAGCAAAGCGGAGUGGAGAAGACAACACACAGAGGUGUUUAGCUAGAUGUCUUUGGACUGUGUUUUUCUUUGUCAUUCUGAAGGGGACUGUCCAGUGGAUAGUACAUAUAGAAGAGUGUUUGUCUUACAUAUGCCAAUGUAGUUUUUACAUCAUCUUAUGAUCUAUUAAAGUUGAUUGAUGGAAGUUCA